UUAAUUAUAAACAAUCAUGUGAUUAAUCGCAAUUAAAUAUUUGAAUUGAUUGACAGCCCUAAUUAUAAUUCAUCUAUGGGCCAAAAAUACAUCUACAUCACAGUUAUACCCAGUUACAAGAAACAACAGGGAUGAUUAAAACCGCACAAACUGUUCAAACAAGCGGCAACUUUAGCAAACAAAAGAUUUUCUAUUCAUACCCUUCUGAGCAGAGCUAUAGUGUUUCAUCCAACCUCAGUUUACAGUGAUACAAUGAGAAUGCACUAUGUCGCGUUAUCUGAGUGUCUAUGAUACAGUAUGCUGUGCUGUGAUGGUCCAAAAAGAAACCUCGGUUAGCCAAGGGCACAACUCUGUAUGAAGUACUAUUUAUCAGAAAUCAAAAUUCAUCCCAACUGCAUCAUCAAUUUUUAAAGCCAUACUUGACACAGAUAAGCACUGAUAUUUUUAGUAGGGUGAGCGUCUCUGUUGCAUAAGCUCAGAGCUACCAUAUUACCUCCUUCGUGUUCACUGCUGAAAAGAACCAUGGAAAUAAAAAUGAUAAGCUGAAUAAAAAAGCGAUGGACAUUUAAAUUUGUAGCAGCAUUUUUGCUCGAUGUGUAUUUGAUGCACAAAAUACCCUAAGCUCCAGCCAGAAAAAUCUUUAAAAAAAACAACUCCAAUAGCUGUUAGGAAGGUCUUGCCUACUGCACGAUUCUGCCCACGUCAGGCUGAAUAUUCAACCCUUUGAUACAAUACUGUACACAGCUGCCUCCACCCUUUUUAUAUCUUAUGAAUGUUGCAUAAACUGUUGGUACAUUUUCCUCUUCCUUUUCUUAAUAUUCUCCUCUCUCCUCUCCUCGGAGCAGCACAUCUACCUUGGUAAACAAACAUGCCUCUAAUCCAGCUAAGAAUGUUCUCCUCACCGCAGGACGUCCAUCUCUGUGGGCCUCUUUCAAGAUCUGGCAAGACCAUUUCUCUCUGUCGUGCAUCUUUGGGGGACUUGCUGGGGUCACAAGCUUCUCAAGAGAGGAAUUUCAAACUUGGUGCCAAAACUCCGGUCAACAAACCUAAAAGAGGCCAGACCUUUAAUACCUCACUGGAGACAUGCCAUGCACCAGUCCUCCAGAACUCCCAACAUCAUCCAUGUUCCCAAAAAAAACAAGGAUCACAGGAUCCUCCUUGCCCCGCCUUGUCCUGUCCCACCUCAAAACCCUCACUGACCGACUUCUGGACCUCCCAGACCCCCUGCAGUUUGCCUACAGAGCCAACAGGUGUGUAGACGACGCAGUCAACAUGGCCCUCCAUCUCAUCCUCCAGCACCUGAACUCUUCAGGAGCCAAUGCCAGGAUCCUGUUUGUGGACUUCAGCUCUGCUUUCAAUACCAUCAUCCCGGGUUUGCUGCAGGACGAGCUCUCCCAGCUGCAAGUGCCUGACAAUGAUGGUGCACUUUUACACUACCAUCAUCGAGUCAAUCCUCACCUCCUCCAUUACCACCUGGUAACAGCUGCCACCGCCAAGGACAAGGUCAGACUGAAGCGUAUCAUUCGCUCUGGGGAGAAGGUGAUUGGCUGCUAUCUGCCAUUCCUCCAGGACCAGUACACCUCCAGGACCCUGAGGCGGGCAGGAAAGAUUGUGACCGACCCCUCCUACCCUCAGAGACAUCUGUCUCUACGCGUUACAUCAAUGCACAUCUUAGACUAUCAUCCUUCACUGUGAACGUUUGCAUAUCAACUGAUCAAUAUUUUUGCAUAUUCUGCAAAAAGCUGUACAGCUCUCUCAUUCCAAAAUACAGUUAUAUUGUACAUAUUUGUUAUAGUACUUUUUAAAGUAUUUUUUAAAUAUUUUUAUUGUAAUUUUUCUAUUCUAUAUUUAUGUUCUUGACUCUUGCCGUUCUUUGCCUGUAUUUAUUUCCUUAAUAGGAUUAUUGUAUAUUAUUAUUAUUAUUGUUUAUUAUAUGCACCAAACGCUGAGACAAAUUCCUUGUAUGUGAAUAACCUACUUGGCAAUAGACCCUACUCUGAUUCUGAAAAGCAUCUCACAGCAGGGACUUCUUUCACUAUGUUCACUAUUAGGGUAAAGACAGCAACUAGAGUGACGACAGAUGGAGGCAAGACUUAAAUCCUAGCUUUUUAUCACAUUUAAAUCACUUGUGAAAUAAAAGAUCUCCUUAAGCAUGCUAUGUGUCAAAUUCAUUUUUGCCAGAUUUUUGUUUGGAUUUUGAAAAAUAAAUCACAGACAUGGUUAGUAGGAAAGGGACUAGAGGGCGAUGGAGGAAGACAUUGUGGAAUCACGUAUCUUCAGAUUAUAACUGUACUUUAAUGCUGAUUUUCAAAUGUGGAUACAUAUGGAACUUUUUAACUAGGUUUGUGACUACUGCAUGCAAUUAAAUCUGUGCAGUAUUAGAAAGAUGCAUUUGAUAGGGCUCAAUAAACUUUGAAUUCAGGUGUGAUAGGAGGUUAAAUAGAUACAUAAAAUGAAUUCUCCAUUGGUAUUUGGCCAUAUGUCAAUAUUGCAUAGUGCUUACUGUGAUCCACACAAUGUUUUUCCUAUUUAUUAUGAUGAAACAUUUUAAAUAGCCAAGAUAAUAUCUUAAUUUUAACUCUAAUAAAAUCAACAAAAUACUUGGGAUAAUUGUGAUUUUGUAUUUAAAGUGCAUUUCCAACAGUAUUCAGAAUUCCUUGUAGCCAUGUGCACAAUUAUAUAUGUAAGAAGUAAAUGAUGUGCUCACCAUCACAUCUUCAGUGGAAUGGAAAUUAAAGGCUCGUCUAAAAUAAUGUGUGCUUACAGUAUUUGCACAUGUCAUGACAAGGGUUCUCCUUUCAUUCAGAGCUUUGGGGUGUUCCUCUGCGUCUUAAAUUAUAACUCAUGCUUGAACACACAUACACCAUAAUACAGUACUAAGAUAAACCAACACAUAUCAACACUACUGUACAUGCACACAAGAGAGCAAGCACACUAAAGUGAAAUAACAUCAAAACACCAGCCAAAUACCACAGAAUUUUUCUCUCUCUCUCGUCCUUGGAUAGAAAAAAGUUCAUUUUUCCUCAUUUGUCAUCCAAAACAUAGCCUGCUGUUCACACGGCUGAGCAGAUGUUGUGUGAGGAGCAGACUAUGAAUGCGGCCAGUCUCUCGGUUUUGGACCAAGACCCUGAGAACCUUAGUCCUCAGCCACCUGCAUUUCAUCAAUGCCAACCAAACGAGAAUAAAGAGACACAAGAGUAGAGAGUAAAGGGCAAAGAGAAGCAUCUCUCAAGCUACUUGUUCCCACCAGCAUCUGGGAGCUGCGACAGGCAGCUUUAGUGAUGUACUGUGGCCCUCUAGUGGUCACAAGUGGUUGGUUGCACUACUAGUGUUUACUAUGAACAUCUCUUAUUGUUUUUUUGUUUUUUUUUUUACAUCAGACCAAGUCUCUGAAAUUAGUUAUUUGAAGGUAUCUG